AACGAAUGCGUUCAGACAAGAACAAAAACAACUCCCAUCCGUCUUGCGCGGUAGACAAACAGUGGUCGGCUCGACAUAACAUCGGUGCACUCGGCCGAAAUUUUUCUCGCGGGCAACAGACGAAACGCCCACAGCGGUGAAUCGUAGAUCCUCCUUCUCAAGUUCAACCCCUUCCUUGUCAACAAAAUGCAGCCUCGUCAACCAGGCGACGAAGCGAAGCAGCUCGCGGAGCUGGAGGUCGUUCGCAAAAUGAUGACCCCGACACGCGAGGUUCUGCUGGAGCUGCACGAAAGCUUCUUGAAGGAGCUACAACGCGGCUUGGAAAUGCACAAGAGACACGGCAUCACAUGGGUGCCUGAGGAAUGCUCGAUGAAAAUGCUGGACAGCUGCGUGUCGAAUCUGCCGACUGGUGCCGAAGUCGGCGAGGCAUAUGCCAUCGACUUCGGAGGCUCGACAUGCCGGGCUGUUCGUUGUUCUCUUCUUGGCAAGGGCAAAAUGGAAAUUAUUCAAGACAAAAUCUGCCUGAGAAGCGCGGAACAUCGAUGCACCAAGGGAUUCAUGGACAAGAAGGCAGGAGGCAAAGAACUGUUCGACCAAUUCGCCAUGUGCAUCCGCGGCCUGAUGGAUAGAUCCGGAGACCUGAAGAAGGCGGAAGAGACCAACACACCUGUCCCAGUUGGAUUCACUUUCUCUUUUCCUUGCGCCCAAGCGGCGUUGAACUCUAGCUUUCUCAUUGAGUGGACAAAGGGCUUCGAAACUGGCCGCGAGAACCCGGAUCGUGUAGAAGGCAAAGAUGUGGCAGUGUUGCUUGCCGAUGCACUGCAACGUCAUAACGUUCCUGCUGUCUGCAAGGCUAUCGUGAACGACACGGUUGGCACAUUGGUGUCUUGCGCAUAUCAAAGAGUGCCAGGCACUCCGGAGUGCCGUGUUGGACUCAUCAUCGGCACCGGGUUCAACGCGUGCUACGUGGAACCUGAAGCUAGCAACUAUGGCUACACGGGUACCGUCGUGAAUAUGGAGGCAGGCAACUUCCACAAGGAUCUUCCGCGCAACGAAAUCGACGUCGAGGUCGAUGAGAAGACACACAACAGAGGCAAACAGCAAUUCGAGAAACUCGUGUCGGGCUACUACAUCGGCGAAAUCGUCCGGGUCGCUGCUGUCAGAGUAUUUGGCGCCCGUGCCCCCGAGAAAGCAAGUGUCAGACACUCGAUUCAUGGUGAAACGGCCUCGACGAUCCGUGAUGACCAUAGCCAGGACAAAGCCGCCAGCAUUCAGGCUAUCAAGGAGUGCUGGGGUGUGACGAUGGACUUGGACGACAUCAAGUGCAUCUGGGAGAUUUGCCGACUCGUCUUCGACCGCUCAGCCGCGUUCGCUGCAACGCUGGCGGUCGCUCUGUGCUACCGAACAGGGCGACUUGACACCGGAUCCACCGUAGGAAUUGAUGGUGCUUUGUAUGUGAAGAACCAGUGGUACCGGGAGGCUGUUGAGUACUACACAAAAUUGGUCGCCGGCGACGCGGCGAAAAACAUUCACUACUGCAUUGCGGAUGACGGCUCUGGCAAGGGUGCUGCUCUGAUCGCAGAUGUGAACUGAGUGUUGGGGCCAGGAUGCCCUAUGAAGCAACUGGUGUCGCCACAAGCGCACGCAUAGCGUCGCGGAAUUUCCUGAAGCGGUCCUAUGGCUUAUACGGUGAAAUCCUACCUUUAGCUUACGUUUCUUUUUUUUUGCACGACCCAGCUUGUGGACAAGGGUGUGGCAGGACUUUUUUUCCGGGGGUCAAAAUCGCCUGUUAUUGCAAGUGUUCCCGUUUUCCCGACGUGUCCUGGAAGAAUGUUACUCUCCGAGUGUCAAGCACAGCGGAGGAACGUGCAGUCGAUGCCGAUUGGAAUAUGCUAUAGAUUAAGUACAUGUUUCAUGGGCUUCGCUGGAGUCACAACGACUCGUGAAAUGUAUGUUAGAUGCACAUAGUCGAGGUGCUAUUUCAUUUAAAACAUUCCAUGGACAAAAUACCGUGAACAGUUUUUAGUAACUGGACCUGUUAGAGGCAGAUUGCAUUCAGGAGGGAGUCACAAUCGAAUUGCACACUUGUUUGUGUGCCUUCGUUGUCCUUUUGCUCGUCUAGAGAGUGCUUGCUAUCCAGAACCGGGGAACAUGGCGUUUGCGAAGGGGUAGUGGCGCCUCGCUGUAGCAUCUGCAGCGUGCUGUCAGAGUGCUGUAGCGACAUCUGAAUACCGUGGCCGCAUGGAUCAAUUGCCCAGGGGCGUACUCGUCGUUGCAUGGGAUCUACCACAGUCGCAUCCGCAGAGUCUGUCGUUUUGUCGGGGCCGGUUGAAGCUGAAGGGGAAAUAGGGUUUUGCAUAUGCUUCGUUGACAGCCUGUUUUGUUCUGUGUGUUGUCGAUGGUGGGCGAAAAGCGUUGCACCGCAUGUUCCUGUUACAUAGCAAGGGCGAUCCUGGAUACUCUUGGUAGUUACAAGAGCGCUCAUGGACGAGGGAUGUGGCUGCAAUUCGACGGUUUCGUUUUUGACAGAGAGGACCGGGACGUCAGGCGAAGAGGAGGGAGUUCCGUCCAGUUCACUCGCGGUCCUUCCCACCAUUUCCGUCUUCACAACAGCGUGGUCUUUUUCUCGCAGUGUGAUAGGCGUGGUUUUCUCCGGGUUGAACCGUCGUGUAGACAAUGCAUCAGACGCCGGGAAGAGCACACUGUCGUACGUUUGUUGUUCAUGGGGCUUUUUGUGGGGACAAGAAUGUGGUGAACCGGUGAAAUGUCCGACUGCACAUUCGAUAUUUCGAGAGAGAAUCCACUGAUUCCGUUCUGGCGAUUUCACGGGCAGGUCUGCGUCACAAACUUGUGACAAGUUGCUGGGUCCCAUACUUUUCCUGCACACGUUCUCCUCACCUACUGAUGUCAUCUCAUCUUUAUCGAACAUAAUAACAUGACUGUCCUCAAAGUGGUUCAUAUC